GGAGUGGGGUGUGGUCGGGGUGGGGAAGGGUGUGGAGGGGAGGGGAGGGCGAAGAACAACAAUCAGUGCUCAGCUUGGCUCCUGCCCGGCGCGCCUCCGGACCCCGACCCUAGGAGGAAGGUCUGAAGGCGCUGGAUCCCUGAGCGCCACCAGAAGGGCCCUGUCUGGGGUCCGGGCGCCCGUUCGGUUCCCUGCUACUCCUCUCGCCACCGCCCACACACUUCGUCCCUCACUUUCCUAAAACCACCCCGGAUCGGCUCUUGGCAGCGACAGCGGUGGCAGCAGCGACGGCAAAGUGGCGGCUGAGGCCGAGACACCUCGUGGGCUUGUGUCCAUGCCGGGCCGGAUGAAGGGAAAGGCCGGGGAGUGGGUAGCCGGGGGUGCACCGAGAGCGCAGAGGCGACCGACGGCGGAGGUUCCAGGUCAACUUGUGCCCGAAGCUUUGCUUUUCGCAGUUGGUCCAGUUUUGGGGGGGCUGAGCAGAAAGGGACCCUCUGCCCACAUCCCGCCCGCGCGCCCACCAGCCCCGGAGGGCCGCCGCCGCCGCCCGGCUCAGAGGGAUCCCGCCGGACCUGCCCCUUCCGCUGCGGCUCACUCUGCCCUGCCUGGCGCCAGUCCUGGAUCGCCGGCUUCCUAUUUAUGCCGGACUGGGCUCCUCUCGACUCACUUUGCCAUCCCGUUCCAGGCUGGCGACUUCGCUGCUGAGCUGAAACUGCUAAUUUCUGUGACCAGCUUUUUUCUUAGCUGUGAUCUGGAUGAAUGAGUAGCUGUCUCACAGAGAUGACAAAAAUAAACUCUAAUCCCCCCCAAAAUUUCCACUACAUCUUUCUCAUGCAUAGAUUUAUGAUCUUCAAGUGCUCUGUGCAAUAUGCAAACUUUUUUUUGUGUCUGUAUAUAUGCUGUUGUUUCCAGAUUUCACUACAUUGGUAUGCUGCUUUUCCCUUCCACCCCCCUCCCCCCCACACUAUGAAAUGCAGAAACCGUCUGAUUUCCAAGUGUGCCAAGAUGCCACUUUCUACUGUCUUGGUAUUUGGGGUUUGAGUCUGACUUGGAAGACACUAGCCCUUGCCUAAGAGGUGAGUGGCUGAGUGUACAGACCAGGGGUGGGGGCAUUAAAGCUGGUAGAGAGAACAGAGGACAGCCCUUCGCUUUACAUUUGUUUCUCUGCACUAUUCAAGCUUUAUGAUCUUGUUGGAAAACAUAUUUUCUCUAUCACUUUGUCUGGUUAAACAGUCAUCUCUGAACUUCUCUGUUAGCUCUUCAACCAGAUAAAGGUUCAGAAGUCACUUUUUUUUAAUUGGAAGAUUAAUAUGGUCAGAUUUGUCUUUCAGUUAGGAGUCUUUGAUUUGCAGGAUCUAGAAUCAAAGGGUAGGAAUCCCAGCUGCCAUUUCACAAGGGUAACUCUUUACCUUUGGAGCUCAUCUGAUACAUAAGGACGACCACGUACAGCUCACGUUUUUGACCCUGCUUAGCAUGCAAAACGAACCCCGGCAUGAUUCUGGAAUUUUCGCUGUACCAGAGAUUCAUGUGCAUUUGGGUAGAGGACAUGUUCUCCAGACCUAUCUCAUGAUGUAUUACACCCUUACAUUUAUAGCCCUGCAUUUUGGUUGUCAAUGGGGGUUGGAGGUGUCCAAGAAAGAACGAAAAAAAGAAGCAGAAUAAGGAAGGUAUGCCCUUGAAUAAAAAGAAUAUGAAAGAAAGCUA